UGCAACACAACAGCUAUCAGGCACACACAGACACAGACGCGCUGUCUCGGAGGCAGACACACGAGUCAAGACCUCUGGAAGGGUCAGAGUACCUCUCUUUAUCGGCUGUUUGUGGGCGACGGUCUCCCACUCCGGGUUUCCUGUCCCGAAGGUCCGGUCCCUUUCAGGAGCUCCGAGACUCGACAGGAUGGACGAGAGCGAGACCUACGCGAACAUGCGCCACACAGGAAUGGAUCCACAAGCUCCUUCGGGAGCUGAACCGGAUGUAUCGUACGUGGAACUUAAUGUCACGGCCCUCUCGGCGCCUCGGGUCCAGAGGGAUGGAGGCGGUCUGAACUCCACCUACGCAGAGGUGAAAUUUCCGAAUGACGAGCACGUCAUCAAUGAGGAUGAGGCUCCUCCCAUUGCCGCCGGACUCCGAAAGCUGCCAAACAAUGCCCAAACAGGUGCGCAAGAACAAGACUCGAAAGCGAAGAUCGGAAGACCGUACCGUCUGAUCUGCCUACUCUGCCUAGUUACAGCCGCCCUCAUCGUGAUUGUGGUCGGACUCUCGAUCCAUGUGUCACAGAUUCGUCAGUCUCUUAACCGAAUGCACAGCGAUCUCCGUCACCAGUUCACUGAGAUCGAAAUGAAGUACAGAUCUGUCAACGAAACCAAGGCUCAAAUCUGUGAAUUGUUGACCAGCAGAAGAGAGCAACCGUGUUGCCAGGACUGGAUCAGAAAUGAAGACAAGUGUUAUCUUAUACCCACGUCAGAAAAAUCCUACAAAGACGCGAAGCAGUAUUGUUCGAACUCUGAUUCAAAACUUCUUGAAAUAAUUUCAACAGAAGUAGAGAAUUUUGUCAAGAAUGUUGUCAACGACAAGCGAAGGUUGUACUGGAUUGGAAAAUGCGAAGCCGGGAACGUUGUCUCUGAUGUCUUUUACAAGAUGAACGCCAGAACGUUCGAAUGCAGUGAAUGUAAAUCUUUGAACCACAAAUGCUACAAUGAUCCGCACCGUUUCAUCUGCGAGAAGACUGUACAUUUUUUGACAGAGAUUUCUGGGAAGAUCCAGGAUCUCUGUCAACAGCCCGAGGGGCCGGCUUAAAUCCCAUGAAUACACCCUUUUUCUCCCCCAUCCCUCUUCCCGACUCUCACUACCCCAUUCGUUCUGCCCAUCGCUCCAACCUUCGUGUUUCCAUGAAUGUGUUCGACCGAGGAUAAAUCCACUGAGACGCUGACAUCCUUGUCGUGAACCUCAUUUCAACCCUCUCCAAUGUCAGCACAUCUGGUGGGCCACAUUUCAAACCUCUCCAAUGCAAUCACAUUGGGCUGGACACCUUUCACUCUCUCCAAUAUCAGCACAUCUGGCUGGACUCCCUUCAACCUUCCCCAAUGUAAUCACAUCUGCCUGGACUCCUUUCAACCCUCUGCAAUGUAAUCAUAUCUGUCUGGACUCCUUUCAACCCUCUGCAAUGUAAUCACAUCUGUCUGGACUCCUUUCAACCCUCUCCAAUGUAAUCACAUCUGGCUGGUCUCCCUUCAACCCUCUGCAAUGUAAUCACAUCUAUCUGGAGUCACUUCAACCCUCUCCAAUGUAAUCACAUCUGUCUGGACUCCCUUCAACCCUCUCCAAUGUAAUCACAUCUGUCUGGACCCUUCAACCCUCUCCAAUGUAAUCACAUCUGUCUGGACUCCCUUCAACCCUCUCCAAUGUAAUCACAUCUGGCUGACACUUCAACACUCUCUAAUGUAAUCACAUCUGGCUGGACUCCCUUCAACCCUCUCCGAUGUAAUCACAUCUGGCUGUACUCCAACCCUCUCCAAUGUAAUCGCAUCUGGCUGGACGCCCUUCAACCCUCUCCGAUGUAAUCACAUCUGGCUGUACUCCAACCCUCUCCAAUGUAAUCACAUCUGGCUGGACUCCCUUCAACCCUCUCCAAUGUAAUCACAUCUGGCUGUACUCCAACCCUCUCCAAUGUAAUCACAUC